AUCAAUGAUAGGUGCAGUAGCACUAGUGUCAUCUUCAUCAUCUUCUAGAUUCUUCUCUUCUUCAAUCGGAAAGGCUUAUUCGCUCUCUAGAUCCUCGAUUCCUUCGUUUUCUCGCUUUUCAGUCCGAUCAAUGGCCGAUUCUGCUUUUAAGAAAAUCCAGAUCCAAAGAGAUGACACCACAUUUGAUGCCUAUGUGGUCGGUAAAGAUGAUUCGCCCGGGGUUGUGGUGAUUCAAGAAUGGUGGGGUGUUGACUUUGAGAUCAAGAACCAUGCUAUUAAAAUCUCACAGCUUGAGCCUGGUUUCAAAGCCCUUAUACCCGACUUGUAUCGCGGAAAGGUUGGUCUUGAUACUGCAGAGGCUCAGCAUCUAAUGGAUGGUCUUGACUGGCCAGGUGCCAUCAAAGAUAUCCGAGCUUCUGUUAAUUGGCUCAAAGCUAAUGGCUCAAAGAAGGUUGGUGUGACUGGAAUGUGCAUGGGAGGUGCACUAGCUAUAGCUAGCUCUGUUUUGGUACCAGAGGUGGAUGCUGUUGUUGGAUUCUAUGGAACCCCUUCCUCGGAGCUUGCAAAUCUAGCACAAGCCAAGGCACCUAUUCAGGCCCAUUUCGGAGAGCUUGACAAUUUUGCCGGUUUCUCUGAUGUCACGUUAUUACGAUCAUUGCAGGCAGCAAAGAAUCUCGAAGAGAAGCUGAAAGUGUCGGGAGUAGCACACGAGGUGCACAUCUAUCCAGGGAAUGGGCAUGCGUUCUUGAACAGAAGUCCAGAAGGAGUGAGCAGAAGGAAAAGCAUGGGACUUUCUGAUGAAGACGAAGCCGCUGUGGAGCUUGCUUGGUCUCGCUUCAACUCUUGGAUGAAACAUUACUUGGCUUGAGACAAUAUGCUUCAUGCAAGUCCCGAAUCUUUCUGUGAUGAGUCCCCAUUCAUCUCAAAUGAGGAAAUUACUCUUAGGACUCUUGUCUGAAUCAAAUAAAGGGGUAUACUUGCUUGUGAAUCGGUAAUAUGUGGAAAUGUUCGAACCUUUUUUUUAUAAAUUCGAACCGAUAUCGACGCCGCUCUCGUCUUUGUGUGUUGUAAUGAGUUGGAUUCCGGAACCUAAGUAAUGAUGGUGCAGAUGUAGUUUAAAUUGAAUUACUGCAAAAUAUGUUAUCA